ACCACAAACUACUAGAACUUCAAACAGAAGAGGAGGGAAGAGACAUGGUGAUGACAUGGUUGCGAUUACUGGUGGUAGCGGCGGUGAUGACGGCUUUCACUUUUCCGCCAUUAGUCGAGUGCCGGAUCCGUCAUUACAAAUUCAAUGUGGUAAUGAAGAACACAACAAAAUUGUGCCAAAGUAAGCCUAUUGUGACAGUUAAUGGUCGUUUCCCAGGUCCGACUAUAGUCGCCAGGGAGGACGACACGGUAAUGGUCAAGGUGGUCAAUCAUGUCAAAUAUAAUCUUAGUGUCCACUGGCACGGUGUGCGACAACUAAGGACAGGUUGGGCUGAUGGCCCGGCCUACAUAACACAAUGCCCGAUUCAGCCGGAGCAGACCUAUGUUUAUAAGUUCACCCUAACAGGUCAAAGAGGAACUCUUUGGUGGCAUGCACAUAUUUUAUGGUUAAGGGCCACAGUCCAUGGUGCCAUUGUCAUCUUGCCAAAGCGUGGGGUCCCUUACCCCUACCCGAAGCCUCAUAAGGAAGUUGUGGUUGUAUUGGGAGAAUGGUGGAAAGCAGAUACUGAAGCUGUGAUCAACCAGGCGCAAAAACUAGGACAAGCCCCAAAUGUGUCAGAUGCUCACACCAUCAAUGGACAUCCUGGACCUAUUUCGAAUUGUGUAGAGAAUGGUGGGUUCAAACUACCUGUGGAUCAAGGAAAGACAUACAUGCUAAGAAUUGUCAACGCUGCACUGAAUGAAGAGUUGUUUUUUAGAAUCGCCGGACAUAAGUUCACAGUGGUUGAGGUCGAUGCAACUUAUGUCAAACCCUUUACGACAGACACCGUUUUAAUAGCACCAGGACAAACCACAAACGCACUUGUCACCGCCACCCAAACUGCCGGAAAAUACCUAGUCGCAGCUUCUCCAUUCAUGGAUGCACCCAUUGCAGUUGAUAACGUGACUGCAACCGCCGCCCUACAUUACUCCGGCACUGUCUCAUCCGCCGCCACUAAACUGGUUGCUCCUCCACCUCAAAACGCAACUCCGGUCGCUAACAACUUCAUAAACUCUUUGAAAAGCUUGAAUUCCGUGAAGUACCCCGCGAACUUCCCGUUGACUAUCGAUCAUGACUUGUUUUUCAGCAUCGGCCUUGGGAUCAACCCUUGUUCGACCUGUGUUAAUGGUAGCAGGGUGGCUGCCAGUAUCAAUAAUAUCACAUUUAUCAUGCCGACAACCGCACUUCUGCAAGCACAUUAUUUUAAUAUAAGCGGGGUGUUCACCGACGACUUCCCUAGCAAGCCAUUAAUGCCAUACAAUUACACCGGCACCCAGCCGACAAACUUUGCAACGACAAACGGUACAAGACUAUACAGACUUGCUUAUAACGCCACCGUGCAACUCGUCUUGCAAGACACCGGAAUGCUCACACCGGAAAGCCAUCCGCUUCAUUUGCAUGGAUUCAACUUUUUCGUGGUAGGAAGGGGAAUCGGUAAUUACAAUCCCAUUACUGAUCCUAAGAAGUUUAAUCUUGUUGACCCUGUUGAGAGGAACACCGUUGGAGUCCCGGCGGGAGGAUGGACUGCUAUCAGAUUCCGAGCCGACAAUCCUGGAGUUUGGUUCAUGCAUUGUCAUCUCGAAGUGCACACGACAUGGGGACUGAAGAUGGCAUUUGUUGUGGACAAUGGUAAAGGCCCAAAGGAGUCGAUUCGCCCACCUCCCAGUGAUCUCCCAAAGUGUUAGAAUAUUUUAUGGAAGUUUUCACGAAAUCAAUGAGUUGAGCAGCCCAUUUUAAGUUGCUCAGGGUUUAAUAAACACAACCCAAAUAUUAUUGGGCAUGCAACGUGCCAAGCCUUUUAAAACUGUUUUUUCUUCUUCUUUUCUCGAUCUAUUUUUCUUUUUUAAAGUUGAGUGGUUGUAAUUAUUUAUAAAUACAUUUCUCACUACUAAGUUCUAAUGUUUAGUUAAAAAUGGUAUUUGUCGGUCUGGAAAUAAAUACAAAGUUUCAUUAGUGA